CCAUGUUCGUCCGUCAAACUCCUCCACCGUAACGCAGAGAGUACUAGAGAAGGAGGGAGAGAGAGAGAGAGAGAGAGAGAGAGAGAGAGAGAGAGAAGCCCAUUCGCUUCUUCUUCCUCCUCCUUCAGCUCAACAACAAUGGCGGAUAUAGCUGAGGAAGAGGACGACGAGGGCUUCGGGGAAUUCAAGUUCGUCCCCACCACCGCCGCGGUGUCUCCGAAUCCCGCCGCUGCUUCGAACGGUCUCGCCGACGACUACUGGAGCGAUUUCCUUAGCUUCAAUGGAUCCCCGCGCGUCGAGUCCAAUCCCAAGCCACCGCCCACCCAGAAUUCCGUGGAGCCAUUCGAUUUCUUCGGAGAUCGCGCGACUGCGCAGCGAUCUGCUGAGGCGACAUCCACUGGGACGGUGCCGGAGAAACCCAAGUGGGUGAAGCCCUCGGGAGCUAUUCCUCUGUCGCUUUUCGGAGAGGAGGAGGAGAAGGAGGAGGAGGAGGAGGCGGGAUCUGGUGCGGUCGGUGCUUCAUUAAAUAGUGCGACCGGACUGUCCAAUGACAGUAAUGGUGAUCCGGCGAAGGGGGCACCUAAUUUGGGUUCGGCGGUAGGAUUGAACGGUUUCAUUGUUACUUUGUACAAUCAGAAUCAGCAUAGCGGUGCUCCUGCCAAUGAAUCAGGCCUAAAUUUGACCUCAAAUGGGGGGAUACUUCAAGAACUGGACGCGGGGAUCGGAUCUCAAGCUGAAUUGAAUCCGAAACCAAUCUUAAACGGGGUUGAUUUCAAUAUGAGUAAUGGGAACGGGGAAAAGGAUGAAGAAGAUGAAUGGGAAUUCAGGGCUGCAGAUGCAGAGACAAGAGUUAAAGGCGAGAACUUGAAUGGAGACCAGAGGAAGGGUGAGAGUGGUUCAGACCUGAACUUCAAUAAUUUCUUCCCUAGUUGGAAUGGUUUCAGUUCAGAUGUAAAUGGCUUCACUUCAAAACCUAAUGGGGUGGAGUUGGGCACAAAUGGGUUCAAUUUAACUGGAAAUGAAAAACAAGAGAAUGCUGACGAUGAUUUUGGCUGGGAAUUUAAAGGCGCAGAGAUGGAAAACAACAAUAAAGAGGGUAACUUGAAGGUUGAAGGGAGUACGAGGGAACUUUUUGAGGAAGUUGAGCUGAGCUUUGAGUUUGGGAAUGUUGUGCCAGAACCAACUGGUGUUAUUGUUGCGACAGAUAAGAAUUCUCAAUUUUUUGGAUUGGAUUUCGCAUAUGAUCUGAACCCAAAACCAGAAUCCCAGUUGAAUAUUCUAUCAGAUUCAAACCUAAUAAGCAAUGGAAAAGAUGUCAAGAAUGAUUCUGAAUCUAAUCCAACAUUUAGAAGUUUCGUUUCUGAUGAAGAUGCGUGGGAGUUCAAGGAGGCAACUUCAGAGAUCAAUCCACGUAGCCAGGGUGAGCCUGUGGUCGUGAAUAAUGCUACCAAAGUGACUUCUGUAAGUGCUACUAACAGUGUUCUCCAAAGUGGGUCAAACGGUGAGGAAGAUCCAAAGGUUGUUAAUGGAUUUUUCUCGAAUCCCAUUAAUGCAAAUGUGGAAUCGAAUGAUGACUUCUGGGGAUUUAAAGAUGCAUCAUCAGACAGUAAUUUGAAACUAGAGAGAAAUGAGGAAAGCCAUGUUAAUGGAAAGGAAGCCUUUCCACUUGCCACAGUUGGUGAUGGAAAGUUAGAGAACGAUGGUUCAUUAAUUUAUCCCGAUUUGACUACCAGAAAAUCUCCGAAUGAUAGCAACAUGAGAAGACAACCUUCGAAUUUGUCAAUCAAUGAUCUUAUUGCAAAUCUAUACAAUCAAGCCACUCCAAUUGCUUCAGUUCCUGAUGUCCAAGUAUCAGUUGAGAUUGGGUUCGUCACAUCAAAGGCAAAAUUGGAAGAAGAGCCAGAAAAUGAGAUUGAUGAUUUUGAUGAUUCCUGGGAUUUCAAGGCUGCUGAGACAGAAAAGAAAGAUGAGACUUCUUUCAACCUUGUCCAACAGCUAAGUGGCACUGGAUUAGAUUCAAACCAGAGUGGGCAAGUGUCCAGUUUGUUGCAUAGUGACGGUAUUUUAGAUGGUAGUUCUUGGGGAUUUAAGGAUGCUUCUUCCCGGUUAAGAUAUGAAGAUGAGGGUUCUGUACCAAGUCUUGUGGAUCCAUGUCAGAAGUUCUCUGCCGGUCUUGAGAUUGAUGAUCUUCUAGAUUUCUAUUCCAAGUUGAAGGAUGAACUUUGUUUUACUGCUCUUUCCCAUCUUCACAGAAUGAAGGAAGCACAGAAUGGACUUGCUGGUCUUCCCAGUGAUGAUUCAACACUGAAAGAUGAGAACAGGGAAAUUCAGGAACUAUAUAAUGCAUUAAACCCAGACGACAAAAUCUCAGAAGUCACCUCAAUUGAUCUUCCUCCGAGGGUUCCCCACCUCAAGGGGUUUCUGCCAGUCCUGGAUGAGAAGUUACAAGCUCUUGAAGCGGAGUAUCAACUGUCUAGAAAAUUGUCAUCGGCAGAUGAAGAUCCACAGUCACUGAUUGAACUCUUGAGACAUGUUUCCUUGAUGCUGCGAAUUUUGAGAUGGGGAACGGUCGAGCAGCAAUAUUGCUAUGUAACUGCUUGGUCUAAGCUGAUCUCUCUAUGCAGUCAAGAACUUAAGCAUGGAGCCUUGCUGUGGAAGCAGGCUUUAGAGAAAGAUGUGCAGGGUCAUCUGCUAUCUAAAUCUGAUGGCAAGAAGUACAUUAUUGCUCUCGGAGAGAUUUACAGAGCAGUUGGAGUUCUAGGAGCGUCAAUCAAGCUGUACAAGCCAUGGCUGCUUCCGAGUUCUGCAGAUUUCUCAGCUACUUCAGUUCUGCUAAACGAGUGUUCUCUUCUAUGGUCAAGUUCCGGAUUCGAAGAAGCUCUUCGUAGUAUGUCUGAUCCUCUAGAGUUCACAUACGAGGGAUCUGUUGCCACACUACUUGAUUCCAUCAAAGUUAUACAUGGUCUCGAUGAAUAUGCCUUCCAAACCUAUAAUUUCGCUGGGGAAGAACAGCUAUGUCGAAUAUCUCUCCUAAGUACAGAAUUGGUAGGAGAUAUGAAAAUGAUCGAGUGGAACGGAGAAGAAUACUUUCUCAAGCUUGCAAACUUGUGGGCAAAUCUCGCGAGCUGCAAUCCUCCUGAUUUGCCUCGGAUGGAGAUUAGCUGAUCAUCGGAAAGGAAGUCCUGUCACAGUGGAAGCUAUUCGGCCAAGACCAUCAGCCAAUGGGACUGGUUUCCUCCCUGGUAGAUCCGUCAGUCAUCUGCUAUGCAGACGGUUGAUCACUCGGAUAAAAUAUGGAAUCGAAUUAUAGGAUCAUUCUACAAACGGGCUGAAUGAUUGCUCAAAUUCUCGUGUCCCAUUCGAUUUUUUGUUUUACUAUAUCUUAUCAGGGUUGCCGAUUCUUUUUGUGUCAAAAAAGCGUAGCAAAUAGUUCGAUCAAAAGUGUAGAGGUUGUUUUGUUGUAAUAUGUUGUAGAGUGAGCUUUGUCUGAUUGAAUUGAUGGAUCAUCAACAAAGAAAAAGAAAAGAUGAGAAAUAAAAGGUUGCCAGUUAUUUAUAGUCA